UUCCCUCAUUUUACAUUUUUGGUUCAACGGUUUGCACGCUUCCUCAGAAUCAUCCUUAACCUAAUUCCUUAAUAUCGCUAAAUUAAUCUUCGCUAGAACUAUUUUAAGCCGUGCUUAGCCUUAUCGAGGUGAUUUUUAAUUAUUAUUAACUACUAAAAAUACCAGAAGUGAUAAGAGUUUUUUUUAAAGUGUAUGUAUGCAAUUUAAUAUUUUAUGCCACUGGCCGUUGCUACCUAACAUCGUGAAAUAAACUACAUAAUUAGUUUCAGCCGCUAACUGCAAGCUAAAUGGACGCAUAAAGCAAUGCAUCAAGUUAAAGACAUAGCGCAGUACAGAGACUCCCUGACCAACUUCACCAUCACUGUUGGUGAAAUUGUGAACCCUGCUCUGUUUUGGGGGUAUAAGUCAUGCAGAGAUAACCAAGAUUUGAUUGCGCUUGAAACGAAACUGAGCAACGCUUUUCGUGAUGCUGAACCUGCUCCAUUCCCAACGCUUGGAUGUCUUGUCGCUGUGGAGCAUCCUAAGAGGAAAGAAUGGGUCCGUGCCAGAAUUUGUGAGAUUGGCCAUUUUGAGCAUGAUUUUCUGACGGCCAAAGUGUUCCUCGUGGACUAUGGGAACUACCUGUCAGAUGUGCGGGUGAUGCACUCUUUGCCGGCCUGGGCACUGAAAAUGUGGCCUCAAGCCUAUCUCUUCCAACUGCGGGGAAUCAUCCCAGCAGAACUCCAAUUUGAUGAGAAUAUGAACAAGCAAGUUUUGAGGAAGAGCAACAACUGGGUACUUGCCGCGGAGGAUAAGGUGCGAGGUUUGCUGAGAAAGGGUCCUUGCAAAUUUUCUUGGAAUCAGGGACAGCAGAUGCACGCCAUCGGAGACGUGUUUCUGUACAUUGAAAAUAAUGUGAGGACCGAGUCCCUUUCAAAAUACCUCACACAAUGUCAGUAUGCAGUCUUUGACAGCGAGCAGUUCCACAAAGAACUUGUGGUGGAAGCAGUUGUUGCGAUUGCUAACUUGAGGGAAGGAUUUCUAGGACCUGACAUCAUUCCAGUCUUUCCUGCAUCACCCCAGGUCAAUGAAAGCAUCGCCAAUUUACACAUAAAUGGAGAAAAGAGUUUGGUCAGCAAUGGAGCUGUGCAGCACUCUGAAAUGCCAAGUUCUCCUAGAGCAACCAACCCGGGCCAUCCAGUACCAGUAAAUAGCCCUGGAGAACAGCAGCGAUUAAGGGCUGCUCUCCAGGCGUAUUCCAACAACCAAAAGGAAUCUCAGAAUGUUGAGAGCGGUGGAUCUGAUAUCUGGAGUACUUCAAAGGCGAGGAAGAAGAGGGAGGCGGAAAAGGAAGCUGAAAGACUUAACAUGAACAUUGAUGAAUCGCAACUCUCCAAGCAGUUAUCUAACAUGAAAUUUGGUGACGACAGUGAAUCGGCUGAAAAGAGGUUGAGCAAUCUUCUUGUCAACAUGAAGAGUCCGCAUUUGCCUGUAUUGGUGUUGAAUUUCCAGCAAGAGAAGCCACUGACCCUGCUCUCCUCUGCUCCUUUUCUAACCGACAUUAUUAGGGUGUUGGAGAAGGCUGGUUUUGUGACUCCAACAAACAUACAGAAGUAUAUGUGGCCGUCAAUCUGCAGGGGAAGAAGCGUGAUUGCUGUUGGGGCACUUGAUACUGGCAAGACCAUGGGCUUCUUAGCCCCACUGGCCAGCAUACUUCUGGAUCAAUGCAGAGGCAAGGAACAAGCUCCCUUUGGGCCUACUGCUUUGGUUCUUUGCUCGUCCAGCAUGAAGGCUGAAGGUCUUGAGGCCAACCUGAAGCAUCUUGUGGCGACAAACAAGUUUGCAAAUCCAAUUGCAAACCGGCCUAAACCUGAGUCAAGAGUGAAGAUCAUCUUGAGAAAUGGCGAACAGGAUCCAAGUAGAGCUGCUCUUGAAUUGUUCAAUGGUUGUCACGUCCUGGUGACUACACCUGGUGUGUUUAAAAGCCUGAAUGAGUACUACCAAGGAAUGUCAAUUCAAUUGACAAAACUGAGCAUUGUUGUCUUAGAUGAUGCAGAUAUAUUGAUCGAGAAAUGCAAAGAAGAGGUGGAAGAGAUCCUCAACAUGUGUCAGGAGGAGAUGAGCAAUCGAGAGAAUCAAGUGGACAUCCAGCUGGUGCUUACGGCGCGCAAGUGGCACCCAAUGCUAGAAAAAUGGGCCGUCAACACAUGUCUGAACAAGCCAGUGACUGUAGUGUCUGCUGGCUUUGAACUGCUCAUGUUUGGUCAAGUCCAGCCCAUGAUCACAGUAGUGUCUGGCGACAGCAGAAUGCACCAGGCAGUCAACUUUGUCAGGGAGAGACAUGGAAAGGCCAACAUCCUAAUCUGCUGCGGGGAAAAUGAGACUGCUUUGGAACUGGGCUCCGCGCUGCAGGCUGCAUGCGCCAAUUUGAUUGUGGCUGUAAAUGGUGAAGAGAAGGGAAAAACUUCAGCCCUGAAGAAGAAAUGGGCCGAGCUGUCAGCUGGCGGUAAAGGCCCAGUUCUAGUUGCCAGCGAUGACGUUCUGCCCUCGCUGGCCAUUUCAGAUGCUGAUAUCUUACUCCAUUACUCCGUCCCUCAAUCCAAGUAUGCCUACUUCCUGCGCAUGUCCUCCUUGUUCGACUCAAUUGCACUCAAACAGAAGAAAGGACCCAAGAUUCACAUCUUUGUGGACGUGGAUUGUGAUGAGAAGUGUAUUUUGACUCUCGUCGAUUUCCAGAAAAGAGCGGGGGGCCCUAUUCCCGAGCAAGUGAGCAUGAAAGCAGAGAUUAUCAGAAAGAGAAAGGAACAGGAGAAAAGCCUGAGUCCAUUGUGCCCCAAGGUGUGUGCUUUCGGCGUUUGUGCCGAAAUGAACUUGUGUGCUGACAGACACGUUCUGGAUCAGACUGACAUUCCAGCUGCUGAUUUUCCAAAAUCUGGCGAGGUGAAAGUGCAAGUGUCACAUGUGCAUGACGCUUCACACUUCUCAGUCAGAGUGCAGGAGCACAAAGAUGAUGAGGGCAACGUGACUGAAGCCAGCAGUGAGCAGCAUUUGGCCCUGGCUAUGGACCUUGAUGAACACUUCAGUCAAGAGAAAAGCAGAAUUUCAUUAAAGAACGUCCAGUUCGGAGUUACAUGCGCCAUUGAGACGAAACCAGGGAUUUUCCAGCGGGUCAGAAUCGUGAGAAUUGUCUUCAAGAACAAUGAAGGAGAGCCUGUAACAGUGAAGAUCAAAUCACUGGAUGAGGGGUGGACUGCAUUGAAGGAGAGCAGCAAAUUGUUACACCUGCCUAAACACUUCCGGCAAAUACCUCCAUACACAGUGGACGUGUUUUUGUGCGGUGUGAUGCCACGAGACGAGGAAACUGAGUGGUCCAAAACUGCUGACAAAUUUGUCAAGAACUGGACUGAAAUGAUGUCUCGAAGGAUGGGCAACAAACAGUUCUUCAUUUCUGGAAAGAUCGCUUUGAGUCUUGGAGAAACUCUCUGGCUUGAUCCCAUGGAGUGCGUGCAGGCUUCCGCGUCCAAAGACACCCAUGUGAAAGUGUUUUCCUUCGCUGAGAGAUUGAUUCAAGUCAAGGUAGCGGUUGCCAACAAAAAGCACUUGCAAAAACUGAAACAGCUCUGCGAUGAGGCAAAAAUUGCUCUGCCUGAGCUAAAGAAGACAGGCAUUCUGGCUUCAAGUGUACCCAUGAAGGAAAAAGUGGACAAUCCUGCAGAUUUUGCUUUUCUGCCCAUGAAUGAGGUGGUGCCUGUGAAUGUUUCCUUCAUCGACUCUCCCAGCAAAUUCUUUGUGCAGCCCGCAUGCUUCAGCGAUUUACUGGAAAACCUGUCAAAUGAUUUGUGCAACCACCAGAACGCACUGAAGAAAGCUGCUUGGAAAGAUGCUCCAAAAGAGGAAGGUGCAUUUGUGCUUGCCAAAAACCCUAGGAACCAAACCUGGAGUCGAGCUCAAAUCAAGAAGCAUUCAAAUGAGGAUGUUCUGUUAUAUUUCGUAGAUGAAGGUCUUGAAGAAAGAGUCCAGUGCAACCACGUGCUACCACUGCCUGACCAUCUACUGAAGAAACUCCCUUGCCAAGCCAUUGAUUGCAGCUUGUACGGAGUUGAGCCUGCAAUGGGCAAAAUCUGGACCAGGGAAAAUGUCCUUACCAUGCUUGACUUGCUUCUGUGCGACGACAGCCAAAAUAUGACUGCCAAAGUCGUUAAGAAGAAGAAGAGUGAUGUGACUGGUGGCUGGCAUUACUUAAUCAGACUGUUCAAUGAGGAGAAGAAUUUUGAUGUCGCCAGAGCCUUGGUUGAGAAAGAUGAGGCAAUCUUCACAUCAACUGAAAAAGAAGAGUGCUGGUGGUUAAAUGAUAACAAUUCUGGUAACUCCUCUGACGCUUUGAUUGAGUUUGACGAAAGCGAGACGGAGCUAUUCCCUGUUGAGGAGGAAGAAGGUGCUGAAAAUUCAGUUCCGAAGGAAGUGAAGCAAGAGGAGGUGGUGUUGAAUGAAGAGGACUUUGAUGUAACCAUUGAUGACAUUUCCAACCUCUUUGGCGAGUAUACUGAAUUCAAGACUCAGCUAGACCGUCUGAAAAGUCUGAAGAAGCAGGAGCCAAAAGUUGAGCUGUGCAAGGAAGAAAUCGCAAGGAGCCCAAAUAAGAAAGUUGAGAAAUUGGCUCAAAUUGCAGCUAAACCAGCUGCAGAAAAACAGCCCAAAUCGUGUCUCAUCUCUACUUGCUACGAAACUCAUUUUCUCUGGAGCCAGACUGAAGAGUUCAUCAGAAUUAAAAUCCAGCUCUUUGGUGUUGAUGACUACUACCUGCAAAUCUCUCCCUCUCAAGUCGACUUUGCGUGUUAUAGCCAAGGCAAAGCUUACUGCUUCCACCUGCACCUCUUUGGAUAUGUGAUUCCAAACAAGUGCUCGCACUUUGCUCGUGGCCUCUAUGUUGAACUGAAGCUGCAAAAAAGCCUUGAUAUGAUGUGGCCAAGGUUGGACUGCAUGGAAAGAGGAACCAUUGGCGCUUCCCACACCAUUGAGACAAUUACAGUUGACAGCGACAAUGACGAAGAGCCCAAUUUCAAUUUGGACACCAAGAUGACUGGUCAAGAACGAGUGCUCACUGACAUCAUCAUGCCUGAUGACAGUCUGCCCAAUGACUUUGACGAGAUCGCUGAUAGUGAGGGAGGUGCCAAGCUGAAAUAUGUUGACCGCUAUGAUCCAUUGCUGGAUUGAGCUAAGCAUCAUUGCUGUUUCUUUUAAUUUUUAACUAUAACACCUAACAUAAAUUUUAAUUGUAACACUUUGGGCAACUUAAUUUGUAAGUUCUUCACAGCUGAAUUAAACAGGGAUAACUCAUACUUAA